AUGUUUUUUAGUCAGGCAUCAAUCUAUCUAUCUAUCUAUCUAUCUAUCUAUCUAUCUAUCUAUCUAUCUAUCAGCUCACAUCUACCUAUCUCAGUGUGUUCAUAUUUAUUUAUCUCAGUCUGUUUAUAUCUAUCUAUCUAUCUAGCUAUCAUCUCAGUUUGUUCAUAUCUAUCUAUCUAUCUAUCUAUCUAUCUAUCUAUCUAUCUAUCUAUCUAUCUAUCUAUCUAUCUAUCUCAGUCUGUUCAUAUCUAUCUACCUAUCUAUCUAUCUAUCAGAUCAUAUAUAUCUAUUUCACUACCUCGGUCUGUACAUAUCUAUUUAUCUCAAUCUGUUUAUAUCUAUCUAUCUAUCUAUCUAUCUAUCAUCUUAGUUUGUUCAUAUCUAUCUAUCUAUCUAUCUAUCUAUCUAUCUAUCUAUCUAUCUAUCUCAGUCUGUUCACAUCUAUCUAGCUAUCUAUCUAUCUCAGUCUGUUCAUAUCUUUCUAUCUAUCUAUCUCAGUCUGUUCAUAUCUAUCUAGCUAUCUAUCUAUCAGCUCAUGUCUACCUAUCUCGGUGUGUUCAUAUCUAUUUAUCUCAGUCUGUUUAUAUCUAUCUAUCUAUCUAUCUAUCUAUCUAUCUCAGUCUCUAUCUAUCAUCUCAGUUUGUUCAUAUCUAUCUAUCUAUCUAUCUAUCUAUCUAUCUAUCUAUCUAUCUAUCAUGGUCUGUUUAUAUCUAUCUAUCUAUCUAUCUAUCUAUCUAUCUAUCUAUCUAUCUAUCAUGGUCUGUUUAUAUCUAUCUAUCUAUCUAUCUAUCUAUUAUCUCAAUUUGUUCAUAUCUAUCUAUGUAUCUAUCUACCAUGGUCUGUUCAUAUCUAUCUAUCUAUCUAUCUAUCUAUCUAUCUAUCUAUCUAUAUAUAUAUCACUAA